AUGGCUGAAGCUUUCGUUAGUGCUGUUGUGGGAGAAGUGGCGUCAAAAGCGGCGUCAGUUGCGGUUGAGAUGAUAAGCCUUGGAUGGGGCUUCAAGGAUGACAUGCAGAGGCUUGGUAACUCACUAGAAAUGAUUGGAGCUUUCUUGCAAGAUGCAGAGGGAAACCAAAAGCAAAUGAACUCAGUGAAGCUUUGGUUGAAGAGGCUCAGAGAUGUUGCUUAUGAGGCUGAUGAUGUCCUGGAUGAGAUUGCUUAUGAGUUUCUCAGAAAGAAAGUGGAGACUGGGGAUCAGAUGUUGAGAAAGGUACGAGACCUUCCAUCUACUGUCACAUUUCAGCACAACAUGGCUAAUAAAGUUAAGGACAUCCUUAAUUCCUUGGACGACCUUAACAAAAUAGCCAAAGACUAUGGUCUCCAACAGUUAGCCGUAGAUCAAAGAAUUUUUAUUCCAUCAAAUGUGGAGACAGUCUCCUUCCUGGAUGACUCAAACAUUGUUGGAAGGAAAAAUGAUGUCUCAAAAGUUGUUGACAUGUUACUCAGUCCCCAAGAUGAUCGAACUGUCUCUGUUGUGCCUAUAGUUGGAAUGGCGGGUAUCGGGAAAACUACUUUAGCAAGGCUAGUUUACCAUGAUGUGGAUGUGGAAAGGCGUUUUGAUGUAAGAUUUUGGGUGUGUGUUUCGGAUGAUUUCAAUGUCAAAAGAAUUUUAAGAGAAAUGCUGGAGCAUGAUAUGAAUUAUAAGCACACCUCGAUACCUCAAAACUUGAAUGCUUUAACGGCGAAACUGAAGGGGAAGAUUGAGCAGGCCAAAAGGGGAAAUGAACAGAUCAAAUAUCUUCUUGUACUUGAUGAUGUGUGGGAUGUUGAACAAUGGAAUGAACUAAUGCGGUGUUUGGAAGGGGUUAAUAAGAAUCGGGGGAAUAAAGUUAUUGUAACAACCCGCAUUGAAGAUGUGGCAUUAAAAGUGGAAACACUUCCUAAUCAAAGGCAUCAGCCUGGAAAAUUAAAAUAUGAGGAGUGCUGGUCCAUAAUUAAAGAAAAAGCAUGUGGAGACUCCCCAAUAUCUCCAAGCUUAGUGUUAAUUGGCGAGGAAAUUGCUAAACAAUGUCACGGUGUGCCUUUAGCAGCAAAAGUUAUUGGAGGGACAAUGCGCAAAAUCGAAAGGAGUCGGGCUGCAUGGUUGAAAAUUCAAAAAAGUGAUGUAUGGGAUUCGGUUUAUAGCGUGCUGAGGUUAAGUUUCGACCACUUGUCUUCUCCAUGUUUGAAGAAGUGUUUUGCAUACUGCGCCAUGUUUCCUAAAGAUUUUUGCUUUAGAAAGGAGCAAUUAAUCCAACUCUGGAUGGCUGAAGGAUUUCUUGGCGCUUCUAAAGAAAUGAUGGAUACUGGUAACAGAUAUUUCCAUGAAUUGUUAUCAAAUUCCUUAUUCCAAGAUGUGGGGAAGGACAGGUGCGGAAAUAUUUUGACAUGCAAGAUGCAUGACUUGGUGCAUGACCUGGCUUUGUCUGUCUCAAAAUUUGAGACUUUGAUUUUCCAAGAAAAUUCGAUUUCCAUCACAGAUGAAGUUUCUCAUAUUCGGCAUCUCAGUAUUGGUUAUGAUGGGGAAUCCUUACCAAUAAUUUUAACAGCUGUUGCUCCAAAAUUGCACUCUUUGUUCUCAGAGAUUGAUGUGUUCAAGAAAUUGUCAAGAACCUUCACAAGCUUACGAGUCCUAAAAUUUUCCGGUGCUGAUUAUAUUCUUAAGUUGCCUGCUUCCCUCGGCGAAUUGAAGCACUUGAGGUAUAUGGACAUCUCGAAGACUUCUAUCAAAGUGCUGCCUCAAUCCAUAACCAAACUCUACAUGUUACAAACAUUAAGGUUCAUGGGUUGUAGGGAAAUCGCAUUUCCAGAUGGAUUGAGAAAUUUGAUAAGCGAUAACGAACUUCAUCUCGAUGCUCUAGAAUGCCUCAACGAACUUGGUGGACAAUUGAAGAUAUGCGAUCUUCAAAGUGUUAGAGACAAGGAAGAGGCUGGCAAAGCAAAUCUACGGCUUAAAACAAAAUUGUGCAAGGUAAUAUUUGAAUGGUCAAAAUUUAGCAAUGACACCUGUGAGGAAGUGCUGGAAGGUCUUCAACCCCCCUCAGGUUUGCAAAGCUUAAUUGUUUGGAAUUAUGGAGGAGAAAAUCUCCCAUCUUGGAUGUCAAGACCUGUUCAUGGUUCUAAUAUUGGUUCACUGCUUCUUGACAAUUUGAUGGAGUUGGAAUUAAACAAUUGCAUCAAUUGUAAAUGUCUUCCACCAUUGGGCCAACUGCAGAGUCUCAAGUUUCUUGCACUGAGGAAUAUGGAGCAGCUGAAACGCAUCGGUAAUGAGUUUUAUUGCGAUGGAAGUAGUCAAUGUGAGAUUGAGGUGUUUCCUGCAUUAAAAACAUUCAUCCUACGGCAAAUGAGAAAUUUGGAAGAAUGGACAGCAACGACAGCAGCAAUCGUGUUUCCUUGCUUAGAAGAGUUGCUUGUUUCUAACUGCCCCUUAUUGGAAAGUGUUCCCCUGACGGGACAAUGUUUAUCUCUUAAAAAGCUAUGUAUUGAGGAUUGUUCACGAUUAAGCAGUAUCGGGGAUGGACUAGCUACUUCCACGGUUCUUGAGGAGCUAACUAUAGUGACGUGUGGAGAUUUGUUCUCAAUUCCAAAUUUAAAUGGGUUUUCCGCUCUUCGAAGUGUUUAUGUUUCUGAUUGCGGAAGAUUGGCAAUUGUUCCAAUAGCAGGAAUAUGUUCAUCUCUUAAAGAAUUUUGCAUUUCUAAGUGCAAUGGAUUAAGCAAGAUUGGAGAGGGGUUGUCAACCUCCAUUUGUCUUGCAGAAUUAAAGCUAAGUGAUUGUGCUAAAUUAAGUUCCAUUCCAGAUUUGGAAGAAUUUUCCUCUCUCCGAAUUUUAGAUAUAUCAAACUGCCGCGAAUUGAAAAUUGUUCCGAUAAGAGGAAGAUGUCCAUCUCUUAAAAAGAUUCUCAUUUCCUCGUGUCCUAAAUUAAGCAAGAUUGGAGACGGGUUGUCUACCUCCACUAGUCUUGAAGACUUAAAGCUAAAUGAUUGUGCUAAUUUAAGUUCCAUUCCAGAUUUGGAAGAAUUGUCCUCUCUGCGAAUUUUUGAUAUAUCAGACUGCCACGAACUGGAAACUAUUUCGAUAAGAGGAAGAUGUCCAUCUCUUAAAAAGCUUCACAUUUCCUCAUGUCCAAAAUUAAGCAAGAUAGGAGACUGGUUGUCUACCUCCACUAGUCUUGAAGAAUUAAAGCUAGGUGGUUGUGCUAAUUUAACUUCCAUUCCGGAUUUGGUAGGAUUUUCCUCUCUCCGAAUUUUAGAUAUAUCAGAGUGCCACAAACUGGAAACUAUUCCGAUAAAAGGAAGAUGUCCAUCUCUUAGAAAGCUUCACAUUUCCUCAUGUCCAAAAUUAAGCGAGAUAGGAGACUGGUUGUCUACCUCCACUAGUCUUGAGGUGUUUCCUCAUGUCCAAAAUUAA